AGGAAAUAGCAAUUACCUUAUACGGGUUCUUGUAUACAGCUUCUUCUUCUUCACAUCACAUUUGCCGUUGUUUCACUUCUUCCUCUUCACAGAAGAGACGGGCUCUCUGUUUCGUCUUUCACAAAUAAAGUCCCAACCUUUACUUCUCGUCAAGCUAAGGUUUUUGAUUUUGUUUUGAUACGGUGCUGCUUUUGUUCCACGGUAGAUAUUUCUGUGAAGGGUUCGCCGGCUGAGGAGGGUUCCAGUUUGGUUAUCGUCGGAAUCUCAGAUUCUCCGGCGACAUGGCUUCGAAUCGCCCGAUGAGCCCUCGAUUAGAGCAGAUCCAUGGUGAAAUCCGUGACCAUUUUCGAGCCCUCGCGAAUGGUUUCCAAAAGUUGGAUAAGAUCAAGGAUUCAACUAGACAAAGCAAAGCAGUGGCGAAUCUGCAGCUGAAGAAAAUGUUCAAAUGGCUUCAUAUAGCUAUGUCAAACCAGGAGUUUGUUGAUGCUGGAAUGAAAAGAAUGGAUGAGACCGAUCAAGCCAUUGAGCACUCUAAACAGGUGGUAGAGCAAACACUCGAAGUUGGAACUCAAACUGCAGCUAAUUUAAAGGGACAGAGCUGAGAUCUGGGAAAUUAUGUUGACGAAAUUUGAGACGAAGAGUAACAGAGUUAAGGGCCUCACCUUCCACCCUAAGCGACCAUGGAUCCUCGCCAGCUUGCACAGUGGUGUGAUCCAGCUCUGGGAUUAUCGUAUGGGUACUUUAAUCGAUCGGUUCGACGAGCACGAAGGUCCAGUUCGUGGUGUUCACUUUCACAAUUCUCAGCCUCUCUUCGUCUCCGGAGGUGAUGAUUACAAGAUUAAAGUUUGGAACCACAAAACACACAGGUGCCUUUUCACCCUUCUCGGCCAUCUCGACUAUAUCCGCACAGUCCAAUUUCACCACGAGAACCCAUGGAUUGUGAGUGCUAGUGACGAUCAGACUAUCCGCAUUUGGAACUGGCAGUCACGGACUUGUAUAUCUGUGUUGACUGGCCACAAUCAUUAUGUCAUGUGUGCUUCUUUCCAUCCAAAAGAAGACCUGGUCGUAUCAGCAUCUUUGGAUCAGACGGUCCGUGUCUGGGAUAUUGCUUCCCUUAAGAAGAAGACAGUAUCUCCUGCUGAUGACCUCAUGCGAUUUACACAGAUGAACUCUGAUCUUUUUGGUGGUGUUGACGCUAUUGUUAAGUAUGUCCUCGAGGGUCAUGAUAGAGGAGUUAACUGGGCUUCUUUUCAUCCCACUCUUCCUCUCAUCGUCUCUGGUGCAGAUGACCGCCAAGUGAAGCUGUGGCGUAUGAAUGAAACUAAAGCUUGGGAGGUGGAUACACUGCGAGGUCACAUGAAUAACGUUUCGUCUGUUAUGUUCCAUGCAAAACAGGACAUAAUUGUAUCCAACUCUGAGGACAAAAGUAUUCGUGUCUGGGAUGCUACCAAGCGAACUGGAAUCCAAACAUUUCGCCGUGAACAUGAUCGGUUCUGGGUUCUUGCAGUUCACCCUGAGAUCAAUUUACUGGCAGCGGGGCAUGACAAUGGUAUGAUCGUGUUCAAACUUGAGAGAGAACGUCCUGCGUUUGCUGUGAGUGGUGAUUCUCUGUUCUAUGCCAAAGAUAGAUUUUUGAGGUACUACGAAUAUUCAACUCAGAAAGAUGCCCAAGUUAUCCCUAUACGGCGUCCUGGUACACCAAGCUUGAAUCAAAGUCCAAGGACUCUAUCAUACAGUCCGACAGAAAAUGCAGUUCUGAUCUGCUCAGAUCUGGAUGGUGGUUCGUACGAGUUGUACAUCAUACCGAAAGAUAGUGUUGGCAGGAGUGACGUUGUGCAAGAUGCAAAGAGGGGGACAGGUGGUUCUGCUGUAUUCAUUGCCCGUAAUCGCUUUGCUGUUCUUGAGAAAAGCACCAGCCAGGUGCUAGUCAAGAAUCUCAAGAAUGAGGUGGUUAAGAAGAGUUCUCUGCCUAUACCCACAGAUGCUAUCUUUUAUGCUGGGACUGGAAAUUUGCUUUGUAGAUCAGAGGAUAAAGUGGUGAUAUUUGACCUUCAACAAAGGCUUGUUCUUGGUGAACUUCAGACACCGUUUGUUAGGUAUGUUGUUUGGUCUAAUGAUAUGGAGAAUGUUGCUUUGCUCAGCAAACACACUAUCAUUAUUGCGAGCAAAAAACUUGUCCUCCAGUGCACACUUCAUGAGACAAUACGUGUGAAGAGUGGAGCUUGGGAUGACAAUGGUGUCUUCAUCUACACAACUUUGAACCAUAUCAAGUACUGUCUUCCUAAUGGAGAUAGUGGGAUAAUCCGAACCCUGGAUGUCCCUAUCUAUAUCACCAAGGUUUCUGGAAACACAAUCUUUUGCUUGGACCGGGAUGGGAAAAACAGGGCAAUCACCAUCAAUGCAACUGAAUACAUUUUCAAGCUUGCACUGCUGAGAAAGAGAUAUGAUCAUGUCAUGAGCAUGAUAAAGAACUCCCAGUUAUGUGGACAGGCUAUGAUUGCUUACCUGCGGCAGAAAGGGUUUCCUGAAGUUGCCCUCCAUUUUGUUGAAGACGAGAGAGUCCGAUUCAACCUGGCUCUUGAAAGUGGCAACAUCAGCGUCGCUGUUGCAUCCGCUACAGAGAUUAAUGAGAAAGAGCAGUGGUAUAGACUUGGGGUGGAGUCUCUUCGCCAAGGUAAUGCUGGAAUUGUUGAAUUUGCGUACCAGCAGACGAAGAACUUUGAGAGGUUAUCUUUUCUUUACUUCAUUACUGGUAAGUUGGACAAGCUUUCGAAGUUGAUGAAGAUUGCAGAAGUGAAGAACAAUGUAAUGGGUCAGUUUCACAAUGCUCUCUACCUAGGAGAUGUUAAAGAGCGUGUCAAGAUACUUGAGAAUGCUGGUCAUUUGCCUCUCGCUUAUAUCACUGCUUCGGUUCAUGGUUUAACGGACACUGCUGAGCGACUUGCGACUGAGCUAGGAGACAACGUGCCCUCGUUACCUGAGGGGAAGACUCCAUCGCUUCUAAUGCCACCAUCUCCCGUCAUGUGUGGUGGUGAUUGGCCUCUUCUAAGAGUGAUGAAGGGAAUAUUUGAAGGCGGACUUGAGAGUGCAGCCAGAGGAGGGGCUGUUGAUGAAGAUGAAGAAGAUGUUGGUGGUGAUUGGGGUGAGGGACUUGACAUGGUCGAUGUUGAUGGAAUGGAGAACAGAGACAUCGAAGCCAUUUUGGCGGAAGCAGAAGGGGCGGAAGAAGAUAAUGAUGAAGAAGGUGGAUGGGGUGAACUUGAGGGCUUGGACCUACCACCAGAGCUUGACACUCCUAAGGCCUCUGCUAACGCACGUUCGUCCGUCUUCGUGACACCUACUCAAGGUAUGCCCGUAAGCCAUAUUUGGAGCCAGAAAUCUUCUCUUGCUGCUGAGCAAGCUGCAGCUGGAAGCUUCGACACUGCAAUGCGUCUGCUCAACAGACAGCUUGGAAUAAAGAACUUUGCCCCCUUGAAAUCGAUGUUUAUUGAUUUGUUCAGUAGCAGCCAAAGCUAUCUGCGUGCUUUUUCAUCAUCUCCUGUGGUCCCACUUGCCAUUGAGCGUGGAUGGAGCGAGUCAAACAGUCCCAACGUCCGUGGCCCACCAGCUCUUCUCUAUGGUUUCUCUCAGCAAGAAGAGAAGCUCAAGUCCGGCUACAAAGCCACAACAAGUGGGAAAGAUGAGAAAUUGACUGAGGCUCUCCGGCUCUUCCUCUCUAUCCUCCACACCAUCCCUCUUGUGGUGGUCGAGUCAAGAAGUGAAGUAGAUGAGGUUAAGAAACUGGUCAGUAUCGCUAAAGAAUAUGUCCUCGGUCUUAAAAUGGAGCUCAAGAGAAGACAGAAGAAAGAUGAUCCAGUGAGGCAGCAGGAGCUUGCUGCUUACUUCACUCACUGCAACCUCCAACUACCUCACUUACGACUCGCGCUGUUAAAUGCAAUGACCGUCUGCUACAAGGCCAAGAAUCUCGCCACUGCCUAUAACUUCGCUAAAAGAUUGCUGGAAACCAACCCAUUGGAGAGCCAUGCCAGAGCGGCUAGACAAAUUGUUCAAGCCGCUGAACGCAAUAUGACUGAUACAACGGAGCUCAACUACGACUUCAGAAACCCGUUUGUGAUAUGCGGGUCAACCUAUGUCCCAAUCUACAGAGGUCAGAAAGACGUUUCCUGUCCAUACUGCACCGCCAGGUUUGUACCAAGCCAGGAAGGAAACAUAUGCGGGGUCUGUGAUCUUGCAGUCAUUGGCGCAGACGCAUCUGGUUUGAUAUGCUCGCCGUCUCAGGUCCGGUGAUCAAUUAAUCAUCUUCAAACGUGAGGUUCUGUUACUCUUUUGAGUCUUUCAAGUUGUUUCUUAUCUUCAGUGACAAUGCAUGAGAGAACUUUAGCUGCUUUGUUUAUAUUUUUCGUUUUGUUUGGUUUUAUAUUUUAAAUUCUCAAAACAUUUCAAUUACGUUUGUUGGAUUUUAAAACUCGAUCGUUAUGAUGAUAGAAUAAUAAUGUAGACGAAUUUAACUUGAUGAGAGUUAUAUAAUGUUUUUAUCUU